AUGAACCUGUGCUUUGUCAGCAUUCUCCUCACUUUAGGUUUAGUCACUGUUGCGCUCAGUUUGUCGACAUGCAGCAUAUUGGACAUGGAACAAUUCAGGAAAAAGCGCAUCGAGGCUGUCCGGGGCCAGAUACUGAGCAAACUGAAACUCGCCAAUCCUCCAGAAGAUUUCCCCGAGCCCGAGGACGUGUCCAGGGACAUCGUGGCUAUUUACAACAGCACACGGGACCUAUUGCAGGAGAAGGCCAAUGAACGUGCAGCGACGUGCGAGCGACAGCGGAGUGAGGAGGAGUAUUAUGCCAAGGAGGUGCACAAGAUCGAAAUGCAGCCCAUAUACCACUCUGAGAAUGUUAUUUCUCCCACACUCUUCAACCCGUACUUCAGACGGCUAAUGUUUGAUGUGUCCUCCAUGGAGAAGAAUGCCUCCAACCUGGUGAAAGCUGAGCUAAGAAUAUUUCGUCUUCAAAAUCCUAGUGCACGAGUACCUGAGCAACGCAUUGAGCUAUACCAGAUUUUAGCACACAAAGCCCUGACAUCGCCAACUCAAAGAUACAUUGACAGCAGAGUGGUACGAACGCAAACAGAGGGCGAGUGGCUGACCUUUGAUGUAACAGAGGCAGUGAGUGAAUGGAUGAACCACAGAGACAGAAACAGUGGCUUCAAGCUCAGCCUUCAUUGCCCAUGCUGUACUUUUGUUCCAUCAAAUAACUACAUCAUUCCCAACAAGAGUGAGGAGCUGGAAGCACGGUUUGCAGGUAUUGAUGACAGCUUCAUCAACAGCGAUGAUCUAAAAGUAUUCAAGCGACUGCGCCACAGUACUCGGGCUCCACACCUUCUAAUCAUGCUGCUGCCUUCAUAUCGUUUGGAGUCUCCAUUUUACCACAAAUCGCAUCGAACAAAGAGAGCCUUGGAUGCAGCUUAUUGUUCUAGAAACGUUCAAGACAACUGCUGCUUAAGGACCCUCUACAUUGACUUUAAGAAAGACCUUGGCUGGAGGUGGAUUCACGAACCAAAGGGCUAUGAUGCCAACUUCUGCGCUGGAGCCUGUCCUUAUCUAUGGAGUGCUGACACACAACAUGCCAAGGUGUUAGGACUUUACAACACCAUUAACCCCGAUGCAUCAGCGUCACCCUGCUGUGUGUCCCAGGAUCUGGAACCCCUCACCAUCCUCUACUAUAUCGGCAAGGUGCCGAAAAUAGAACACCUCUCCAAUAUGAAGGUCAAAUCCUGCAAGUGCAGUUAG